UCUUAUUAUGCCGGCGAACUAUUUAAUUAUCUACUAACAGUAAAGUUUGCUUCACGAAAGUUUUCUCUAUCCUAAUUUGUGAUUGUGAAACAUGAACAUUGAAGUUGGAAAACAUAACUCUUCAGAUGUUUAUUCACUACUGCGUUGGAAGUAUCAGUUGCGUAUCAUGGAAACACUGAACAAGAGAUGCGAUGGAUGUAGCGCCUUAAUUAAGAGAGUUAAUUCAACUGGUGAGGUUGUGAACUUCCAUCGAUUUAAUUGGUUGGUACAUAUUACUGAAGUUCAGCCACCAUAUAAAACAACGUUUGGAGCAUCUGGAAGAGAAUUAGGCGUCCCACAGUAUGAAGUAGAACCGGCCGUCCUUAACUGUAAGUCUCGGUGGCGUAAGAAAAUGUAGAUUUCUACAAUGGGCUUCACAAGACAGUAG